CUAUCUCCGCCUUCAGUCGGAGCGGAACGGCGGCGGCUUGGGAGGUGGCGAUGAGCGGGGCGAGGAGUCUUUGUACGUUGGUGGACCUGCAGCAGGAGGGCGACAACCCGGACAGUGUGAAAAUAUUAAGGUUAACGCUGCAGAAUGACCUCCCUGGGGAGAGACCCGACCAAACCAAGGAGAAACCCGUAGGAAGAGCCUUUGCCAUGGUGGCCAACAGACCCACAAGCAGUCAUACGCUGGCGUCCGAAUGCAUCAAGUCCAACAAUGGCGACGAGGAAAUCAUCAAGGUAUACCUCAGAGCCCGCGCCGAGGACAGGGCGAAACACGAAAAGAGCCUCCAUCAGUUGAAGAGUGAGAACGGUCAUGGCCAAGAGCUUCCUCUAGAAAAAAACAACGGGAUCCGUCCUCAGCGAACUACCUCGUAUCGCAGCCUGUCUACGAGCCAGGACGAGCCGGUGUAUCCUGGAGAAGACAUUUCAGUCAUGCGGGAGACGACCAAGCGGCUCUUCUUGAAACUUCAGGAGGCUGAGAAGCGGCACCAGUCGGACCGAGCCGCCUAUGAGACGUCCAUCUCGCACUACCGGAGGGAGGCAGACCAGUCCGGCCGGGCCCUCAAGAAGGCGGAAGAGGACCUGCAGGAAAAAGAUCUCAAGUUGGAUGAAUUGCAGAGACUCUUAACGGGGAUGGAGAAGGAACACCAGGUUCUGUUGCAGAAGAUGAACGAAGGGGAAGCGGAGCUGGAGCGUCUGCGGAAAGCCGAGAGGGACAAGCUGGAAGAACAGGAAAGGUCAGCCAAACUGGAGAAGGAAGUUGCCACCUUGCGGGAGAAAAUCCAUCAUCUUGAUGACAUGCUCAAGAGCCAGCAGCGCAAAGUCCGGCAGAUGAUCGAACAGCUUCAGAACUCCAAAACGGUGAUCCAGUCCAAGGACGCAAUCAUUCAGGAACUCAAAGAGCGAGUGGCUUACCUGGAAGCGGAGAACCUGGAGAUGCAUGAUCGCAUGGAGCACCUCAUUGAGAAGCAAGCCAAUCCGGGAGCCCACAGCACCAGGCCCCGAUCCAAGUCUGAGUUCAUCAGCAGCAAAAGAUUCACCAAGCCUUUGGGCCCCAAACCUUUGCCCCUCAUCAGAGUGGUGGAGACAUGAAUCGCAGCCUGGAAACCAUUGCCUCGCCCCCCCCCCUUGAAGUAGAAACGGCCACAAGCUUGCUGGACUGUCCGACUUCGACCAGCCGCUUCGCCCUGCUGCUUCUCGAUCUCCUUUACCCCGCAGAGGGAACCUCAUUUCUUCCGCACAGGACGGCCCCUGGGAGGGUCCCGGUAGCACAGCCUGCUCAAAACGUGGAAGGAUUUGGAUCGUGUUCGACAAGGCGGGACGUGGGAACGCACAAAAGACAGUGCCACUUUAAAGGCUGGACACAGAACCUUCUCUUGUUUAUAUUUCUUAAUAGUUCUAUAUGGCUGGCCAUGUUUUUUUUUGGGGGGGGUACUUUUUAAUUCUACCCUAUCAAUAUGUCUUCCCGUGCUAGAUUGUUUUCUGGGCCCCCUCCUUUUUUUUGUAGCUUGAUUCAUAUGUAAACUGGUACUCUUUUGUCAGGGGCAUUGUUCAAAUUAAUAUUUACUAACUGAAGUGUCCUGUUGAGUGUCAGGGGAGAAAAGGGGGUUGUUUGAUCCACUGAGCUCAGAAAAGUCCCCAUUUAUCCCUGUUUUUUUGGUUAGGUCACAUUGUGGCAAGAGGUAGAGGAAAAGGCCUAUACUGUGUAAUUUAGCGGAGUGUGUGUGUGUAAAAUAUAAAUAUAUGGCAAGUCGUGUUUAAAAUGGCUUCUGUUCCAUUAGAGUAGGGUUAGCUGGUUUAAACCUCUUCUGGUUUUCUGACCCAAUAAUCUUCGGAUUGGUAAUGAGAGUUGGAAGUAUAAAGGAUCCUUUGCUGUACUGUUAUGUGUAUAUGUGUGUGUAUGGGGGGUUGGGGGGGGGGGAAGGAUUGUCCGGAUCUGUGCUUGCUUUUCAGGACAUUAGGAAGUGCCUUUGGCUGGAUCCGACCAAAGCCAAGGUAGUCUGGCUUUCUUUGGAACAGUCCCUUCACAAGGUGGUCUGCCUGGGGCUGUUCAACGACACGUGGAUGGAUGGUGGCUCACAUUUGGCCUUUGAACCUUAUUUGUACCUUUAUCCCCUUUGUGUGGCAUCUUUCCCAUAGCAUCUCCUUUCCACUCCCUCCAUGGCUUCAUUCCCUAAUUUGAUUUUAAUUUUUGCCUUCUAGUCUUUCCAAGAGGUGCCUUUCCUCCAGAUACUGGUGAACUAGAACACCAGACACAUUCUGAUGUUUUCGUACCGUUUCCCUGAAAAUAAGCCCCAGUAUGAUUUUUUCAGGAUGCUCGCAGUAUAAGCCCUACCCCAAAAAUAAU